AUGUCGGCUCAUACGCAGUCGACAGCCUUUGAUGGCACGGGUUCCCGCGGCGGCACGGGUGCCCACGACUGGCGGUUCUCGGAGCAGAAGUUCCUCAUCUCAGGCACGCUGUUGCAUUUGGCGGUUCUUCGCGAAUCGCGGGACAUGGUGCUGCUGCUGCUCGGCGCCGGCGCAUCGCCGUCGCGCAAAGGUGCCUGGCUGUGGACAGGCGGCGCGUCGUCGCCGAUCUACGGUACCUACGUGCUCAAGGAGUCGCUGACCGGGACGCCACUGGUGCUGGCGACAGGCAAGCCCGGUGGCGAGACGGCCGAGUUCCCAUCGCCGAUUGCCACGGCGCUCGCAAACUGGUCCAACUACGCGCUGCUGGAAAAGUCGGAGGCGACUGGGUUAAGUGUCCGCGGCGGGCGGUACUCGCGCGACGCGUUUGGUGACGCAGGCUCGGUCACACGCCGCUCGCCAGAGUCCUCGACCAUGUCAUCAACCACCUCGCUGCUCGGCUCGUCGUCCAGCAGCGGCAUAUCGUCGCGAUCGACACGCCCGUCUUCAGCCAGGAGUUCGUCGUCGUAG